AUGGCUGCUUCUCGGCCAUCUUCUGGAUCUGCUCUCGGAGGUCCCUCAAUUGCUUGUUCAAAUUGCUCUCUGCUGGAGCCUUCUCGCGAUCCUCCUGUGGGCCUCAUUUCGAUCGACGGCUUUCUUCUUGUCUUUGCCGGCUUACUUGUCGCGGUUACCCUGAUCCCCGCGGUCAGAGCCCGAGCUGCUAUCUUUGUCACCCCUGCCCGGGUUGUGAGUCCGAGCUGGGAUGAUAGUAUUCCCAUGAGUGACUUUGCUCUUUGUGUUCCCACAGACGGCGUCAAUCUGUUGUCGCUGGAAUCCUGCUUGAUGACGUGGAGAUCUGCAAAACUUAGAAGAGCACUGAAGAGACCCAGAGCGGACUCCGAGGGGGGACUCUUCGAUGCCAAACAACCUGAUGAUUUCUACUACAAUCAUUUAAAGAAAGGGAUUUUUGAAUCGAGGACACUGAUUAAAGAUCUGAUAAACGCCGAGGAUGUCGAUGAGGUCUCGAUUGUUGAUAACGCCACGACUGCUGUGGCAAUUGUGCUACAACAGAUUUGUUGGGAGUUUGUCGAGGGGAGGUUUCAGAGAGGAGACGCUGUCGUCAUGCUUCACUAUGCAUUUGGCUCCGUAAAGAAAUCGAUCCAGGCGUACAUUUCUCGUGCUGGGGCUUGCGUAAUUGAAGUCUACUUGCCGUUCCCUGUAAGUUCGAACGAAGAAAUUAUUGUUGAGUUUCGGAAAGCUUUGGAGAAAGGGAAAUCUAAUGGCAAGAAAGUUAGGUUAGCCGUAAUUGAUCAUAUCACUUCGAUGCCAAGCGUUAUCAUCCCGGUCAAGGAAUUGGUUAAGAUAUGUAGGGAGGAAGGUGUUGAUCAGGUCUUGGUAGAUGCUGCUCAUUCAAUUGGUUCUGUCGAGGUUGACGUGAAAGACAUUGGGGCAGAUUUUUACACUAGUAAUUUGCACAAGUGGUUUUUCUGUCCGCCUUCUGUUGCAUUACUGUACUGUAGAAAAUCAUCAACCUCGUCGCACGUGCACCAUCCUGUGGUUUCUCAUGAAUUUGGCAACGGGUUGGCCAUAGAAAGUGCUUCGAUUGGGACGAGAGACUAUAGUUCUCACCUUGUUGUGCCAUCGGUUUUGGAUUUCAUUAAUAGGUUCGAAGGUGGAAUUGAAGGAAUUAGGAAAAGGAAUCAUGAUGCCGUUGUUCAAAUGGGUGAGAUGCUUGCGAAGGCUUGGGGAACUCAUCUUGGGUCACCGCCUGAUAUGUGUCCUAGCAUGGUCAUGGUUGGCUUGCCUGCUAGCCUGGGGAUUUCAAGUGAAGAGGGCGCAGUCAAAUUGAGGGCCCAUUUGCGGGACAGUUUUGGCAUUGAAGUGCCAAUAUAUUUUCAAGCACCGAAAGAGGGUGACACUGGAACCCGGGACAAGAAUGAUUGUAUAACAGGUUAUGCCAGAAUUUCUCAUCAAAUUUACAACAGGGAAGACGAUUACUACAAGUUUAGGGAUGCAAUAAACAAACUUGUACGGAGUGGUUUUAGUUGCAAGAUGCUUCUCCCGAACUGAUAAGAUCUAGGAAAAUUCUAGUGACAAUUUGGUGAAAAAU